GGCCGCGGCGGUUUCGGACAGCGCGACUUUGGCCCGCCGGACCAGAUCCUCGAGAUGGGCAGCUUCAUGCACGCCUGCGAGGGCGAGAUGGUGUGCGAGAGCAUCAACCCCAAGGUGCCGCACUUCAACGCGCAGAUCUUCCUCGAGAACAAGACGGCCGUCGGCAAGGUCGACGAGGUCCUCGGCCCCAUCAACCAGGUCUACUUCACCAUAAAACCCUCCGAGGGCAUCCAGGCCACCAGCUUCAAGCCCGGCGACAAGUUCUUCAUCGGCUCCGAGAAGCUCCUCCCGCUCGAGAAGUUCCUCCCCAGGCCCAAGCCUCCGCCGGGAGCCCCCAAGGUCAAGAAG